AUGAAGCUAAAUCCUAGUAAAUGUGCUUUCGGAGUAUCAUCAGGGAAAUCCCUUGGCUUUAUGGUCUCCCACAGGGGAAUUGAAGCGAAUCCUGAUAAAAUUCAAGCAAUACUGGACAUGAAGCCUCCGCAGAAUACCAAGGAGAUCCAAUCUCUUACUAGACGAGUCGCUGCACUCAACAGGAAGCUGAGGCACUAUUUCCAGGCCCAUGUCAUUAAUGUCAUGACGGAUCAUCCACUCAAGAAGGCGAUGAACAGACUGGAAGCUGCUGGACGAUUGAUUCAGUGGGCCGUCGGACUCAAUGAAUUUGACAUCAAAUAUCAACCAAGGCAUGCCAUAAAAGCUCAAACAUUAGCAGAUUUCAUUGCGGAAUUUACCCCAAGUCAUGAUGAGACAGAAGGCAGUGACAGAUGGGUCGUCCAUGUGGAUGGAUCAUCUACAAAGUAUGCAGGUGGAAUUGGUGUGAUUUUACAAUCCCCAGAAGGAGACAAAUUGAGGCAUAAGGUUCAUCUACAGUACCAAGCAACUAACAAUGAAGUCGAGUAUGAAGCCCUUCUCAAAGGGCUAGAAUUGGCUAAGUCUGUGGAAGCCAAGUCUAUACUCGUCCUAGGAGAUUUUCAGUUGGUCAUGGGGCAAGUAAAUGGAAUGUACGAAGCAAAGGAGGAAUGGAAGAGGAAAUACCUUAGUAGGGUAAUGCGCCUAAUGAAGAGAUUUGGAAAAGCUGAAUUCGUUCAAAUCCCGAGGGAGGAAAACGUGGAAACUGAAACUAUAGCGAAAAAAGCCUCAGCAAAUGAAUCUGUGGACGAAUCUAAUGAAAUUCAGUACAUGCCAAGCAUAGAUAUUCAAGAAGUACAACAGGUGGAAAAUAGAGGAAAUUGGAUGACCCCGAUUAUAUCAUACCUGAAAGACGGACAGCUACCAGAAGAGAAAGACGAAGCAAGGAAGCUGAGGAAUCACUAUUCCUCACCCGCUCAUCCUCAAGCAAAUGGCCAAGCUAAAGUGGCAAACCUAUCCUUGUUGAAAAUCAUCAAGACCCGGCUUGAGGGGGCAAAGGGGGUAUGGCCAGAGGAGUUGCCUGGUGUUCUAUGGGCCUACAGGACGACGGUGAGAACCCCUUCGGGGGAAACUCCUUUCAAGCUAGCUUAUAGAAGCGAAGUAGUCAUACCGGUAGAAGUACAUAUGGCCAAUCACAGGGUGAUGAUGUAUCAAGAUAAGGACAAUGAAGAGCAGCUUCGUCUGAACCUUGAUCUAGUAGACAAGGUAAGGGCAGAAGCAGAAUACAAGACAGCAAAGUACAAGAAUCUCAUGGCUAGACAAUAUGAUGCAAUGGUGAAACCAAGGCGUUUCAACAUAGGAGAUCUCGUCCUGAGAAAGGCAAGGAUCCUACUACUUGGAGGCCCUGGACGGGAGGAAACUGGAGCACCCUUGGAACGUGGAGCACUUGAGGAGGUACUAUCAGUAAAAGUCAGCCUAGACGAAAGUAUGGCCAUGGACGAGGCUGGACCUUGUCUGCAGACUUAUGAUUCUACUUAUAUUUAA